UUUGAAUUAUAAUUAAUUUUUAGAUAUAGAAUAAAUUAUGAUACAUGUAAUUAUAACAUUUGAGGAAGUUUAUUAAGAGGUUCAAUCGAGGUGUGUUCAGUUGAAGAAGCCAUAAAUAAAUCUUCUUAGCUUCCAUCAAAUCUCACACUCUCAUUCUUAGAGCCAUGGCCAUGGAUUCCAUGGCCGCUUCCAUCGGAGUCUCGGUCCCCGUGCUACGCUUCCUCCUCUGCUUCGCCGCCACCGUGCCCCUCAGCUUCCUCUGCCGCCUCCUCCCCCGCGGCCUCCCCAAGCACCUCUACUCCGCCGCCGUCGGCGUCGCCCUCUCCUACCUCUCCUUCGGCGUCUCCUCCAACCUCCACUUCCUCGUCCCCAUGUUCCUCGGCUACGCCUCCAUGCUCCUCUUUCGUCCCCGAUGCGGCAUCCUCACCUUCUUCCUCGGAUUCGGCUACCUCAUUGGCUGCCACGUGUAUUACAUGAGCGGUGACGCAUGGAAGGAAGGUGGCAUCGAUGCCACUGGGGCUUUAAUGGUUUUGACGCUCAAGGUUAUCUCCUGUGCGGUUAAUUACAACGAUGGAUUGCUGAAAGAGGAGGGUUUGCGUGAGGCUCAGAAGAAGUACCGUUUGAUCAAAUUGCCUUCCUUGAUUGAGUACAUUGGUUACUGCCUCUGCUGCGGGAGUCACUUUGCUGGUCCUGUUUAUGAAAUGAAGGAUUAUCUUGAUUGGACUGAAGGAAAAGGGAUUUGGAGCACUGAAGCAAAAGGGCCAUUGCCAUCACCUUAUGGGGCAACCCUCCGGGCUCUUCUCCAAGCUGGUUUUUGCAUGGCCAUGUAUUUGAACCUCGUGCCUCAUUUUCCUCUGUCCAAGUUUACUGAUCCUACCUACCAUGAAUGGUGUUUCUGGAAAAAAUUAAGUUAUCAGUAUAUGUCUGGCUUUACUGCACGUUGGAAGUAUUAUUUUAUCUGGUCAAUUUCAGAAGCUUCUAUUAUAAUCUCUGGCCUGGGUUUCAGUGGCUGGACUGAUUCGUCCCCACCGAAGCCUUGCUGGGACCGGGCCAAAAAUGUAGAUAUAAUAGGUGUUGAGUUUGCAAAGAGUGCAGUUACUAUUCCAGCUGUGUGGAAUAUUCAAGUCAGCACCUGGCUUCGUCAUUAUGUUUACGAAAGGCUUAUUCAGACUGGGAAGAAACCUGGUUUCAUUCAGCUACUUGCCACCCAGACCGUUAGUGCUGUUUGGCAUGGCUUGUACCCUGGAUACAUAAUAUUCUUUGUUCAGUCAGCAUUAAUGAUUGCUGGUUCCAGAGUCAUUUACAGAUGGCAGCAAGCCGUGCCUCCGACGAUGUCUCUGGUUAAGAAUGUGUUGGUGUUUACAAAUUUUGCUUAUACACUUUUGGUUCUAAAUUACUCCUGCGUUGGUUUCAUGGUGUUAAGUCUGCAUGAAACCCUUGCCUCAUAUGGAAGCGUGUAUUACGUUGGAACUAUUAUUCCUGUUGUUCUGAUUCUUCUUGCCAAAGUAAUCAAACCUGGAAAGCCUGCCAGAUCUAAAGCUCGGAAGGAACAGUGAGGUAGAAAAUGCUGUUUAUUCUUGUUGGAAAUUUUGAAAUCAGAUUAGGAGAAAGCGAGAGAACGGGUUUCCAGUUUCCACAGGUUUUCUGCCCCUGGUUUUCAACCUUGUAACAGCUCCUUUGGUCCUGAAAAUGGUUGGGCGCUUUCAUACUCUUGCCUUUAGCAUUGAAUUGUAUUUCUGUGAUAAGAAACAUCUUGUUGGCAGGUUUGAUAAAAGCAGUUAUUGAAGACAUGUUAGAAACAUUUGUAUUUCGGUGAUUUCUCUCUACUUUCAGCUCUGAUUCCCAACAAUUACUGCAAGAGGCUCUAGUUUUCAAAUGUUAACUGUAGACAAAUAUGCAGAUACUCUGAUGUAUGACAGUAUAACUGUACUAUCUAGUAUUCAUUUCUCCAAGCCACUUUCUUUUCAUUUUGUACAAAAAUGAUACCCGCCUUGUUGGACAUAAAGUAUGGGCACUGUUACUAAGAAAAUUUUGGAUCGGAACUGCCUAUCAUAGGUCUUCAGAAUUUUAUAUUUUUUCCUGAAAUGUCUGGGACAGUGCUUACCUAACUGACCUAAGGAUAUCUAAACUCUGUAGGUUUAGAAUGCCCUGAAAAUCUCUUUUGCCUUAAGACUGAGAUAUACGAUAAGGUGAGCUAGUAUUCUUUUGCAUGUAUGGCCUCUAAUUGCCUAUUUCAAGUGUUUCUAGACCAUGCCAAUAAGAAGAAAAAAAGGAACAGGGAGGGAGAGCGAGAAGUCUCCAUAACGUUAAGUUUGUUGAAGGUGAAAUGAGAUAUUCAAUCCAAUCGAAGUACCAUUCUCGUCUUAAUCUAUUCCUGACGUAUCAGCUGGUUUCUCUGGAAUUUUAGUUCUUAAAAUGUCACUAAUGCAAACAAAUGAACAUGGUGUUGGACUUAUUUUAUAAUGAUGAUGGGAUUCCAAGA